AUAAAAGUAGCCCUAUACAGAAAAGAGAUACCUCAGUAUCUAUUCUUGUUGAAUGUGGGCAAAUGAUAAAUAAUUUCUAAUUUCAAAUCACAACUACCCACUGCUUUUCGCACAGAAUGUCCACUGUUUGCUCUGUAUAGGGGUUCAAAAAUAUUGAUUUCUGGUUAAUUUUCAUGAUGAAGAAUCUACUAUUUAGAGAGUGUUUCUUAGAAAUUUUGCGCCUAAAAACGCUGUCAGUCAAAAGAAAUCUGUUGAUCGUGAAUAUAUUUUUUUUUUUGAAUUACUGUCACAUAAAAUUCAAAUAUUUUUGUUCCUCAAUCGAUUGUAAUAUUUUCUAUUUCGGAAUGCAGACAAAAAAUCAUUAUUACGUUCAUUUCCGUUUUAACUGCAAUCAAGUCAGCAUGGCUUCCUCUACACUCUUUCACUUUCAGUGGUUCGUAUUCUGUCUGUUUCAGGAGCUGAAUCCAUCAAGAUGUCGGCUCACUUGACGUGGAUGAUCAUACGUGGCAACAACUCUUACUUAUUGAAGAAAAGGAAUAUCAAUAAACCAUUCAGCACUGAGCCAAACAAUCUGCUGAACGUGGCCUCUUUCAGGUACAAUGGUCUAAUUCACAGGAAAUCUGUCGGAAUUGAAGCUCCUGCCGACAAGAAAGGUUUCACAGUGGUCACAAAGCGUGCCAAGAAGCAUCACAAGCCAGGAAAGUCUCUGGUUAAGACAACGAUGAAAUCCGGCCCAGCUAGAUCGUUGCUGAAGCUGAGGCGUAUGCUCAAGAAGACUCAUUACAGAACCGACCUCACCAAGGCUGCCUUGAGAAGAGCCAGUGCUAUUCUGAAAUCCCAGAAGAGGACAGUUCCCGUUAAGAAGACAAGAGCAAAGAAAUCUGAAUAAGUAUUUUUUUGUCAAUAAUUGAAUAAAUCCUUUUUGUUUAUACAAACAGUCGAUGUAAUUGAUUCUAGGUCCACGCUCUUCCCUUGUAAGUACCAUCAUGACAAUGUACAAUUCUAAAUUGAAUGUUGACGUGACCUGAGACAAAACUUAUAUUCAGUAUGUAAUAUUUUCUUUAUCUUAUCUUUUUUAUCUAUUUACUGCCCACUCUUAAGAUUUCGUUGUAAUAAUGACUAGAUCACUCUAAAAGUAUGGAUUCAGUAAAGCUUGUCUUGUAAACAGGUUUCAAAAUGUGGAGUGUAUGCAGUCUGUGAUGAUUACUGAACUCUCUCUUCUUGAGAUAUUCUAUGAAACCAAUCAAGUUUCUGAGACUGUAUGAUAUAUGCUACUCCCGUUUUGUUUCGAAUUUUAAAUUAUUCUAUUCGUUCUGGAUAUAUUUGAAGAAAUUUAAUUGAAAAAUGGUGAAUUUUCAAUUUUAUUUCAAUGAGACUAGUUGAUGACCUUCAAAAUUAUCACCAAGAUCUCUGAAUCUCUAUGAUUAUUCAUUUUUUUCUGAUAGUCUCUUAUUCAAUCAAUCUGUAAAAUUUUCUGUUUCGACCUUUCCAAAAACAAAGCUCUGCUAUACUUGAAAACAUGUUGUAUGUGAUGAGACCAUAAUUCAGUUGAUACAAUUGUGAUGAAUAAUCCAAACCCUAUCUGAUGCAAUGGUAUUUUUCAUUGAUCGUCCCUUGAUAUUAUAAACCAUUCAUUACUUUUUUCUUUUUAAUUUACUUUUGUACCUUCUUGAGUUGUAAUUUCAAAUGAGCGUGACAAAUUGCAUAUGAUGAGACCAUAGUUCAGUUGAUGAAACUGUGAUGAAUAAUCUUUCGCUCCUAUCUGAUGCAAAGGAAUUUGCGAAUCAAUUAACCCUUAAUAAUGAAUAAUGAAUUAAUACUGAAUAUUCCAAAUCAUUCAUUACUGUUGCACCAUCUUUAGUUGUAAACGCAAAUGAGUUAGUUCAAUAAAUUGCAAAUGAUGAGAUCAUAGUUCAGUUGAUGAAACUGUGAUGAAUAAUCUUUCGCUCCUAUCUGAUGCAAUUAAAUUUUCAAAUUUAUAAUGAAUACUCUAAAUCAUUUAUUACUUUCUCGU